AUCAAUCAGUGCUGGCUGACGAGUGCAUUGGUAAACAGGCUCGUACUUUGAGGUUUUGCAGGUUAUUGGUCAAUUAUCUUCAUGAUAACUGGCAGCAAAACGAAUAAACAGUUCUGCACAUGUUGCCUUGAGUUCAGUUAGUGUUUUUCGUUGGUGUUGAGUGUUCCAGUGGUUAUUCUCAGGCUCUCUAAAAGAGACAAGAUCGACUCAAAAUGACCAAUGACCUGAAAUUUCGAGUGGGAUCAAGGAAAAGCGAGUUGGCCUUAAUUCAAACCAAACAUGUCAUCGGCCUACUAAAACAGUUUCACCCCGAUCGAGAAUUUGAGAUUGUUACGAUGACCACCUUGGGCGAUCAAAUUCUGGACAUUCCGUUGCCCAAAAUCGGGGAAAAGUCGCUCUUCACCAAGGAAUUGGAAUCGGCCCUAUCUGCAGGCCUGGUAGACUUUAUUGUCCACUCACUGAAAGACUUACCCACCAGCUUGCCUAAUGGAAUGGCCAUUGGGGCCACUUUGAGUAGGGAAAACCCGCGCGAUGCGUUAGUUUUGCAAAAAGAUAUAAAACAUCACACCCUGGCCACGUUGCCUGAGGGGAGUGUGAUUGGGACGUCCAGUUUGAGACGAACGGCGCAAUUGGCCAAAAAAUACCCUCACCUGAAAGUGGAGAACAUCAGAGGCAACCUCAACACCAGAUUGAAAAAAUUGGAUGAUCUGGGGAAGUACCACGCAAUAAUUUUGGCGUCAGCCGGUCUGAAUCGCAUCGGAUGGACAAACCGCAUUUCCAAGAUGUUGAACGCCGAUGACUUUCUUUACGCCGUCGGCCAAGGGGCCAUAGCCGUAGAAUGCAGGGCAAACGAUGAGAAAACAAUCAAGCUACUCGAGCCGCUGUACGACCUGCAAACUGCGCUGCGUGUAAUUGCAGAACGGAGUUUCCUGAAAACUUUAGGGGGCGGGUGUAGCGCUCCGGUCGCUGUCACUUCGGACUUGAAGAUGAUCGAGGAGAAGCAGGUGCAAAUUGCGCUGAAGGGAGCAGUUUGGUCGCUAGACGGGGCCGAAGAAAUUGUGGACGAAGUCGUCGGCGUCCUGCCCGUUUUGAGUAAAAUUCGAUGCGCUGAGUGCCCGUACAUCAAUGGCGACAACGAAAUCAAAGACAUCGAAUGCUGCGCGGUUUGCCCAAUGAAAACCAGCCCGACAGAGCCGCUGCCUAAGAAGAAACGCAUCGAAGUUCCCAGCGAACUUUUCAAUGAUGACCCGCACGAAAAAUGCCCCGUGGCCAUGCCUAUCGGGUCUGACUUUAUGGGCGAGUGUCCAUUCCUGCAGGGCGAUAUUAAGGAUUUUGUAGGACAUCCUCCACUGAAUGGGGCCACGGUGGAGACGCUGAAAUCAGGCUUCAAUGUGUGUCCAGUGUUGAAGAACCUGAAAGCAGUCGCCGCUUUGAGAAAAUCGACGGAAACGCCCGUUAUCAACGGCAACGGUGAUAAGAUUGGCGACAACAACGAACAUCUUUUCGUUGGUUUGGUGGGCCACAAAGACGCCUCGCCAUCCAGCUUGAGGAAGGCUGUGGAACUAGGGGAAUCGCUGGCCAAGAAACUGAUAGAAAAGGGCGCGUUGGCCGUGAUGACAGAGGCACAAAACACUGUUCAUAGUCAAAUCAGUCAAGUCGUGGCCCAAUGCUAACCAGCAGGAACGCGGCUUUCGGAUCAAAUGUAGUCUAUUGGAAUUGUUAGCAACGGUUUUGAAGGUUGGUUAGAUGCUGUUUAUAUUUUUCAUUAAAUUAUGGGUGAUUGUUGCAAUAGAGAGCUUAAAAAAUA